CCUCUUCCUCUUCCUCUUCCACUAAUAGAGCUUGCCAAUUAGACAUGACAAAUCUCUACCUUUAAAUUCACACCAAACCCCCUCAUCUAUUCAACCAACGUGCCCAGCAUAAAUUAAACCAUAACAGAUCAAAACUAAUCAUACCCUCCAUUUUCUUCUUCUUUCUCUCUCAAUUUUUAUAUAAACCCUACCCAGAUUCCUCCUCCUCCCAUCUCCUCUCUCCAUUCCUUCUAUUCAUUCAUAUAUACAUAGUUGUCUGUAUUAUCAACAUUUUCAGAAAUCAAAAACAUGGGCUGUGGGAAAUCAAAGCAUGCCGUAUCAACUGAGAACACCACCACCGUUCUCAAGAAAUCUUUAAGUAGUGUUCAAUCCAAGAAGAUGGAAACGAACGUUGAGAAGGUCACAGCUGAGGAAAAGACUAGCACUGUCUCAAUCAAUAAUGACAAAGCAGCCGAUAUCAAUGGUGAUGGUGAUGAAAACCCAGAUAAGAAAAAUGAAAAAGAAUUGUCUGGUGGUGAUCCUGUCAAGGUUGAAGAAGAUGGUCAUGGCGUUAAAUAUGAGAAGAAGGAAUCAAGUGGGGGAGAUAUCAUUAAUUGUGUUGCAGAAGAUGUGAAGGAUGAGGUUAAAGAUCAAAAAGUGGAGGAGAAAGAGGUUGAUAAGAAAUUACCAGAAGGUUUGGUCUCAGAGGAAUCAACAAACCAGGAGUUGAUGGAGGAGGAAGAAAAAGAGGAAACUAAUGCAGGUCCAGAAGGGGGACAAUUGGCAGUGGAAGACAUAAAAGAAGAUCAAAAGGAAUCCAAAGAAAUCAAGACUGAAACAACAACAGGUAGAGAGGAAACCAAGAUUGAAACGACAGAAACAAAAGAAGCCGAAACUACUGCAACUCCAACAACAAAGGAAGAUGAAACAGAAGCUUCAUCAACAGCCACUGAUGAGAAGGAAAAGCAGGCGGAUUCAACCGGUGUUUCGGGUACUGAUCAAGAGCCAAAGACAACAUGAAGGUUGAAAAACUUAAUAUGAAGAACUGAAGCAAUUAAAAUUUGUUGUUGAUUCACCGUCUCUGGUCCUUUGUGAUUAUCAAUUGUGUUGUUAAUUAAUUUUGUUUAUCUUUUAAUACUCUUUUAGAGUUUCUGCUGCUCAAAACCCCUCGUGGUAUAUUGAUGAGGGUGUGGAUAAGUUAGGCGUCAAAGUUAG